AGACGUUGCACGGGAACAAGAAAGCUACACAAGUUCCUUCCUCUCCUCGGUUUGUCGCUUCCGGCGCAGAGCUGACGGGUGGAUCUUCAUGCUUGUCCGAAGAUGUCAUCGCCUGGCUUUUCGCGCAACUCGGCGGCGGGAGGCCUGCCGAGGAGAAGCUACUGCUGCAGCACUGCUUGUUCAAACACCCAGUAUCAUUUUCGGCGUCAACUGCCAGCACGGCGUCUUCCACCAGAGCUACAGCCGGCAAUAAAACCGGCGCCGCCGCCGCGGCACAAGAACAGCAGCAACACCAGACCCGAGUCGCUGUGCGACAGCGCGUUUACGAGAAUCUGCGAUCGGACCUUUUACUUUAUGAGGAGGAAGAGGAGGGGGAGACAGAAACGCGACUUGUGAGAUAUAAUCUGCUCAGGUGUUACAAUCUCAAACGUUACAAUAGAAUAUGGAAAUCUGUGAUGCAAGAGUGCAUGAGCUAGCCAACUCUCAUAGGAUUGCGCAUGACAAGUUCCGGAGCUCCAAACCCCACUACAAUCUGGGAAAAUUUGUAUUGCAAAAGGUGGAACGCUGUGCGAGUCUGUCAUGCCCAUCAUGCAACACAAAUUCCAGAUUCUAUUGUAACGUUUGAGAUUGUAACGCUUGAGCAGGUCAUAUGAGAAAGCUGCUCAAAGACAGCUACAGCGAUGUACCUGCCACGCCGAAGAUUGCUGCCUUGAGAAGCAGCAGUAGUAAUCGCGGUGGUGCGAUGAAAACUUUGGUCUCAGGAAUAAGCGAGGAUGAAAUCAAUCUGACAUCUACUUCUUUUUCGUACGACGACAUCCUGCACACCACCAUCGUUCGCUACCAGCUCUCGGAGCAGCUUGACGACUCGCAGCUUGUGGCUAUGGAGCAGGGCUACUGGGAAGUUCUGGAGAGGCGAACCAGGAAACAGGAGCUGUUCGGCAGUGCUGGGGCAGCAGCAAGAAAUCGUGAGCCGUCAUAUGCGGGUAAUCCUGCUUUUCUUCGCGAGCAUAGUUCAUCAUCAUCGCCCCUGCUUGUUGACCAGCAACAAGCACAAGGUCUAGUCGUGUCUGCACUAGCCGCGGUGCUGAUCGGCAGCCCGACGAGGAGCCCAGCACACGGUGGCUCAGCGAAGCGUGAAGCUGCGGAAUCGCUAGCACAGCUCGGCGGUAUUUUGAAAUCGGCCGCUUCGGUUCGCGUCCUAUGAUUAAGGAAAAAACUGUCUCUGUCUCAGGAGGGACAGCGCUGCAGAUUCGCUCAGCAUGACACGAUGCGCAGUUUUUUAACAGGAACAAGAGUAGAAAUAAACGCGUAUACGGACAAGGUGUUUCUCUAUCUCUUGCCUGUCAUGCAUGCCAGAAGCUUCUAUCAACGAGUUGUUUGCGCAUUAGAUUAUAACAGUUGAGCAUGAGACAGUUUUUUGGCGCGAUAGUUCUCUUGUGUUGUGCAAUACUUACUUGCCGCGGACGAAAUCUUAGAGCACGAAGAGGAGUUGCUGGCCUGCCUGGCAGAAUUCAUUUCCGAAGAUCGAAAAAACAAAAACUGCAAGAAAAGCCGGAUUCCCACCACUACUUCAGAAGUGGUAGAUCUGGAAACAGCGUUGACGGCGUUUUGCCGACGAGUCGUAAUUUCCAACUCGUCGUCAACAUCCGCCGAACAGGACCAAGAUCGGAUCGCGACAUCAUCAUCCUCAAUCUUCGGCUGCUGCGGCAAUUUGUCUGGAUGGGCACAAAAUCUGUUCUUCCGAAACGGUCUACCCAUCGAAACCAGCGUUUACAUGCUCGACCAGAUUGCCGUCGCGUGGAAACUGAUUUUCAGGACGAGAACGAAUCAAAACUACCUUCUCGCGUCUUUUCUCGAAGCUUAUUUAGCAGCGCUGUUGCUGUUCGUGUUGCGGAAAGUGAUCGCAGUCAGAUCGUCUUCAAGAUCGACUGCUCACGAUGCUGCACCCUUUCUCUCCGCAACUCCUAAUGGGCUGUCUGCUAGUACAACAACUCCUUUAGCUUCGGAGGUGUGGGACUUUUUUCUCUCCUCCGCCACUUCAUCAGCUGGGUCAAUCGGCAACAAAAAGGCGCGGCACCACAAGACACAACUCGGGUUCUCUACCUGCACGGCCGCGAAUUUUUUGCAAUUGCUGAAGGACCUGCACGCCGAUGAGUUUUUGCGGAAAGAGGUAAGGUACACUGUUUCAUCCGAUGAGGAUGACACGAAUUCUGGACAACUUGACGACCCCACAACUAGCUCCGAGGAGCGUCUUCACGAUUUUCUCGAGACUUAUCGUAUCCAGACCUCCGCCCGCCCGGUGCUGCGGCGGACACUGUCCGGAGAAUUGCGGGGCCUUCUCCCCUUCGAGAGGCUCAGCGCUGCUGCCCAGCAAGAAGCGGUACAGGCACUGCAGGUGGUUGAGCAAUCGAGGGUUGUGAUGUCCACGCAGAAGAAAAAAAGCUUGCUUCGCUUCAACGAAGACGUGCUCUUCCGGCCGUUUCUCAGCCUGCCGCGUUUCCCAGAAGACACAGUCCAAGAGGUCGCGUUUUUUCUCAUGUCGUGUCGGAAUAAUUUGACGCCCAGUGGGGAAACCAUCGAGAGCAGGAGGGAAGCCCAAACUUUGGAGGCAUACUGUGACAAGGUGAAAGCGAAUCGCCUUCUUUCAGGUAGCCAAUACACCUCCGAAUCAGACCAGAAGAGGUUGUCACCACGAACGGCGUCAAAAAGCACCUUUCCAGCGCUAAUCGACGACACGUUAGCAGGUCCACCGAAAGUUUUCACUGGUACAGUAGGCAUUGCACGCUAUGAAUUCGCCGUCUCCUCGCUGUAUUGCGGCUCUGAGUCAGAGUCAACACCUCCCAGAACCGACGACUGGCCUCCUGGAGGUGCUAGUAAUAGUGCCGCAGCUCCAGCUCCACAGCUGCUGCGAGGUCUGUGGAGAAAUAUUUUGCGUUUACAGUACGAGAAUCCAGACCUGGAACACCACAUUUUCGCGGACUGCGUUUUGCAGCUACGACGUAAUUCUGCUCAUGCAUAAAUAAUUCACACAGAAAUCGAAAUGUCUUAUAAAUAUUAAGUUGUACUAUUAACACCUUCACCUUGCACUUCGAUGGCAUCAACUUGCACUUGGACAACUUCAUGUAGGCAUCUAUCAUGUCGAGCGAAGCAAGAACGGAAAGCAAAAAGCACGAAGUGCAGAAAGAGCAAGCA